AUGAGACGACCUCGCGCUGCCACCGCCGCCUUCGUCGUGCUCCUUCUGUGGCUCGCCGCUCUCACCUUCGCGUCCCGCGGCUGCCCCGGCUGCGAAAGCUUGCUCGGCGACCGGACCUCCGUCUCUCUGCCAAGGAAGAUGCUCCUCGCCGUGGAGACCCUCGACGUCUCCUCGGCGUCCACCUCUGCUCGACCGCAGGAUCGGCAGCGGCAUCAUCAUCAUCAUCACCAGCACCACCACCACCACCAUCAUCAACACCAUCCCCAGGGUAAAUGGAACUGGCAGGGAAUUCCACCAUCCGCUGCUGCAAACGGCGGCGAUGCCCGGUACGGCGCGGAGAAGAGGCUAGUGCCGACGGGCCCAAAUCCCUUGCAUCACUGAGGGUCGAUCGACGGACCUCAUGCAUGCCCCGGCCGCGCUAAUUCCAUGGUGAUUGAUUGAUUUGCUGGUGAGUGGCGCGCUCACACCGUCUUCUUGUGUUGGUUGAGUCUGCCCAGUACGUAGUAGUAUUCUUUGAUUGUGGAUCGAUUGAUGAUGCAGAGAGCACAUAAUCGCUGUGAUCGUUCGCCGCAGUGUUUCAUCAUGUGCCCAUUCUGAUGCAAAACUACAUGCAGAGAGAGGGAGAAAAAAAACCCAAAAUUUUACUAGCUAUAUAGUACAUACUACAAAUUGUGUUGUGGAGGAUUAUCCGUUUCUUGUUUCUUCUUAUUUUCUACUGCUGCUUUGUUCAUUCUUUGUUUGUUCUUUGAGUUACAUGAUCAAAUCUUGGCAUGAAUAAUAAGAUGAAUAAAUGCAGGUGGUGGCAUUGCAAUUUUUGCAAGUACCAGUAUAUAAUUGCAA